AUGACUUUGAACCAACUAAUGGCAUUCUGCCAGUCAGUUAAGACAGUGGAAAAGAAUUGCAGGGAGCUGGAAAGUAAUAUAGAAGUGCAUCAUGUAAUUAAGCAAUCAUAAUUGUUCUCAAAAUAGAAGACAACUAUAAACUAUACAUAACUAUAAAUGAUUGUACAAGUUAUGGUAAGACACAUUUAAUAAAUAAAUAUUUUGCCUUUGAUAAAGUUUAUAACAAAUGUAAACAUAAGAAUUAUUUUAUUUGUUUAUGUAAAUUUAAUUUAGGGUCAGGUAAUCAAAAAAAUAUGAAUAGAAAUAAAAUUGAAAAUCAUAUAAACAACAUUCAAUUAAAACUGUUGAUUUAGAAUGUAGAGUCCAAUAAUAAAGAUUUGGUUUUUUUUAUCAAUUGGGUUAAAAUAAAGAGAAUUGAUAAUAAAAAAUGGUACUAGUUGAUUAGUAUUAAUAAUACUCGGAUAUAUUUUCAAAUAGAUACGGGAGCAGAAACUAAUAUAUUGCCAUUUAAAAUGUUCAAAACUGUUAAUAUAUUAGUACUGAAAAAAUAUUUCAACCCACAAAGGUUACAAUUGAAUUAUAUGGUGAUUAUAAGUGAAGCCCAAAGGGUACAAUAUUAGAAUGUAAGGUUAAAGAAAUAAUUAACUAUGUUCUAUUUAUAAUAGUAGAUCAUCCUAAUUGUAUUCCAGUAUUAGGAUUAAGUUCUUAUGUUUAUUUUAAUUUGGUGCAAAAUAUUCAUUUAAUUAUAUAUUAAUAAGACAUGGGGACUUGAUAGUUUUAUAUCCUGGAAUAAACAAAUAUUUGAAGGUUUGGGUACCUUUUCGUAUGUAGCUAGAAUAAAGUUAGUUAAUAGAGCUAUCCCUAUAGCAAAUCCUCCUCGUAGUGUUCCACUUGCAAUAAGACCAAGAUUAGAACAAACUCUAAGACAGCUUACUAAUAAAUAA